AUGUCAAUGGAAUUCAGGCUGCUUGAUUUGUCCCAUUCCGCACUCGUUGCAGUUGCCCUUUGGGAUUCCAUCAUUGCGACCUACGGUGAUCUCAGUAAAGUUGACACAAUCCCCUGGUGUAUUGGUCCUGCGAUUGAGCUUACUGCUUUGAUUACCUUCCUUGUUCAAAGCUUCUUUGCGUACCGAAUCUAUAAAUGUUUCAAAGUGCAAAAGAAGAAGCUCACUGUAGCGAUUCCAAUUGUUGCACUCGCUUUUGCUCGUUUAAUAAUGGCUAGCAUUACGAAUACCGAGAUGCUCAGAUUGAAAUCAUACAGCAUAUUCUUUCAGCGUAAUUCUUCAUCUACAGGUGGUGGGCAGCUUCUCAGUAUUGACAUUCCGAUAGAAUUUUCUUGGGUCUUCACUUUUGGCCUUUUACUUUCGGCAUUCGUGGAUAUCAUGAUCACAGCCUUCCUGUGCUACUUCCUUCGCAAAAACCGACCAUCUUUUACAGAUACUAUGCGUAUCAUCGACACCCUGACGUUCUGGACAAUUCAGAAUGGCUCGAUAACAUGCGCUGCAACCAUCGCAACAUUGUGGAUGACCAUGCCUUCAAACCGCAUAUUUCUAGGUCUUCACUUUGUCGUAGCAAAAUUAUAUGCAAACUCCUUUCUAGCUACUCUCAAUGCCAGAAAACAAAUAUGGAAUGGAAAUCAAUACACUCCUUCAAGCAAUCGGCCUAUGCCAGUCGUCUUUCUGGGGGAGUCUGAGCAUGGACCUGAUUCUUCGAUCUCGCAACAGGAAUCGGCAAGUACCAUAGUCCGUCACAUGCGAAUGAUAUUGCGUCUUACACAACCACAGCUGCGAAUAAAGACUCCUCAAUCGAGAGCAGUGCACCAUCGGGGGGAACCGAUCCAAGUAAAUAUCGAACAGAUUGUGGAGAGCAAGGGUGAUGAUUGCGAUGCGAUCGAUAGCCCGGUGUGA